AUGGGUGGCGCGCUGCCAUUUCGGCGACGCCUUCUGCUGUCUUCACAGGCAAAGGUGUUUGGGCUCCAGCGCAGUGACCUACAAAGGAAAGAUGUUGUCAACAUAGCACUGCGCACCCCGAGACGGUGGGUGUCGUCUCUGCCACCACCUGCCGCUCCGCCGUCACCACCGGCCCCCGCAGGUCACUUGAACAUUCACGGCGAGAGCAAUUCGGGCCGAAUGCCGGCCACCUCGCGCAGUGGCGCACAUAGUGUAGAUGCACACGUGGUAACACAGUUCGUCGCACCAGUGAAGUCAAGUGUGUGGAGAGCGCAGGGCCGUUUCCGUCACCGAGGGCGACGACGUCACGGUGCCAUGACGUCAGGAGAGUCGAGCACCGAGCGUAUCGAGGCCGCCACGUCACGCAGUGCAUCCGGCGCCGAUGCUCCACUAGCUGCGAGUUACGCCGCUUGUAUGCGUCCAGAACCCCCGUGCGCCUCACUGCUGCUACACACCAGUACCAGUGACGCGCACUCUGCCAUGUCGCCGCUGCACUGGCGACUGUGUCAGCUCAUUGGCACCGGGGCGUGGUGCGAAGCGCUGGAAGUGCUUCGCUGCCACGAGCAAGAAAACCCCACCGCCACCCAACAUGCGCAAGCGUCACGGCCCGCUUCGCCAGCAAGUGGUUUGCAUCUCCGCAGAGCCAGUGCGCUGACAGCCGCUGAGGACGCCGACGAUUGCGCGAUGAUUCCUUUCAUGCUUGUAUCGCUGCAGGAGGUGUCUGUUUGGCUGCUGUUGUGGUGCGGCCACGGCGCGGCUGCGUGGCAUGUGUGGCGGCGCACCAUGCAGGCUGUCUCGCCGCCGUCAUCGCCACGGUUGGCGUUGUUGCUCGCUCUUUUUACACACGUUGUGGAGCGCGAUACGAUGCGAACGCGCGACAUGCUGCUUCUUUUAGAGAUGAUGAACAGCAGUGCCACCGCUCCCCCGAGAGAGGUCAAAAUUGGGCAGAUGGACCCGGAGAACCCUGCGCCGCCCUUGCGCGUAUGGCGACAUCUUUUCGGGCAAUGGUUGUGGUGCUGCAACGAGUGCACCGACCCGAGCAAGAGUCCGUCGCAGGCCCACCGUCGUUGUCUUGGUUUAUUCCUGGAGGAAGCAGUUGGGGAGCUGACGAAGCUCGCCUUCUGGAAUUCUGCCACUCGAGCGGGACAGCAUAUGGGCGCAAUAACAGAGACAGUGGCGCUGCUUCUGCUAGCGCUUCUUGAUGCGCACAGCACAUCUGACGAGUGGCAGCGUCUGUUGAAGGAGGAGCUUACCACGGUCUGCGACGGCAAGCGAAAGAAAACGAGCAGCGACAGUCGUCGCAGCGCAUCGGCGGCGUGGUGGGAAAGGAAUCAGGAGCAGCCACCGCUGCUAUCGCCGUCGGUGUGCGCGUUGAUGAGCGAGGUCGUCCAGUCCAUUCUCUUGGGCUCUUCCUCAACGGCGGAUGACGUCCGAAGGGAUGAUGGUGAAGGAGCAGAUGGGCAAGGUCAUAUGCGCCUGCGGACGGUAUUCAGCAACGCAGCGCGUACCUUACAACGUCUUCGCGGCCACUGCAGCCCCGCCGCGCCAGAGAACGGUGGAGACGCGUUAGAGACCUUCCGCAUGUGGCAUGAGCAGAUUGUGGAGACUGAGGGCCUUGGUGGCACCUGGGAAGCACUGCGGCUGGCUAUGCGCUCACUACCAGCGCAGUCACGCCUUGCCAGCCUGGACCAGCCAACGACCCAGGCAGCUGGGCUUUCACUGAAGCGGCUGCUGCAACGCAUCGACGAUGCCACGGCGCAAGGCGACUGGACCACAGCAUUGCGGCUCUGCUUGAGUCACAACUCUCGUGAAGGUCUUCCUGACAUGGUGGGCACGGAUAGUUUGAGUGUAGACACACAGGACUGGGUGCUCGAGGCGGUGAAGGGCCCUUCUCGCUGUCGCUCGUCAACGUCCACGCCCCUGCCGGUAGAUCCAUUCUCGUUUCUUCACCGACUUGGCAAGGGCCUCGUUGCGUGCGAGGUGGUCCAGCCUUCUGGCGCAUCGUGGCAAGGAGCCUUGGCUCUGUGGAACUUUGCCCGACGGUAUUGGCACCACGCGGUGUGUGCAUCUCCAUCCGACAACGCUGUCAUUCCAGAGACGAGGUCUGAACUAUUGCACACCGGCCCCCGACCGUCAAGGCCUGCAUCGCCGUUGGUGUCGCUGAGUCGCGCACUUGGACGCAUUGUCGUCCUCCUCGCGUUGGCCGGGCGUUGGGCGGAGGCGCUGGCGUGCUUCCACGAGAUCCCGGACGCCUACCUGGAUGGCUUCGUGGUGUCGCAGGUCGCGUACGCCCUGCGUCACUGCCCAUCACAGAACAGGGCCGUUCUGGACUUGUGGGCCGUGUGGCGGUGCCGCGUAGGUGAUGCUGUGGAUCCGACGGAGAUAAUGACGUACAAGCUGUUGAACGCGAUGCUGCAUACGUCAGUCAAGGCAACUUCUCCAGUGGCCACCUUGUCUUCCACAUCUUAUCAGUCACCAACCAUGGUCGCGGCUAAGGUGGCCACUGCGGUGCUCAUAGCCGCAGCGGACGCGUCUCCUGCCGCGCCUUCCACGCUGGCGACGGAUGCGCGACACGCAGCCGUGACCCCUGGUACAGCGCUACCACUAGAUUGGUCGCGGAGGCGUCACACUAUUCGCGGCGUCAUAGCGGAUCGCUGGGUGGGCAGCUGGGCUGACGCACUUCGUGUUGCACUUGCAAGCCGUGAUGUUUCUCUGCUAGUCGAAACUGUUCUACAAUGUGCGCCGGCGGUGCAUUCACCAAAGUUGUACUCGGACGUGAGGCGAAUACUCCAGGAGAAGGGUGUCGUUCUGUCGCCCGCUGAGCGGGCAACCCUGCUGGCGCUAUGGGGCGAAGGGCGGAGGUCGAGGUUCGGCUGCGACAGUGACGUGGGUGCUGGAAAGAACACCUCUCCAACUGGGGAGGCUGUGCUGACAAACGGUGAUGGCGGCGGUGCCCGCCAGCAUGUCCUUGACACAGAGGCCUUCCUCGACGAGCUGCUAGGGUUCGACUAG